GGGGAAAAUCAAAAUGAACGGAUGAAAAUCCUAAAUUUUACCGAUUGGGAUUAUCAAUGAAUUGUCGUUUGUCUCUGGAAUUUUGAUUCAUUCGACUUUCAAAGCAUUCCCCUCAAAUUCGAAACAGAGAAGAGCGUGUGUGAGAGAGAGAGAUUGCUGCGAAUUAUCCAAUCCGAAAUGACAACUAUGUCACUAGCAACUAGCAUGAGGAUGAGCUUCAGCCUGAGCCCUGGAAACCAAGCAUUAACACGGCGUGCCUGUGUAUUGGGCGAACCCCGAAACGUUGCGUUUUGGUCCCACCAACUGACAAAGAAGGAAACAAUGUCUUUCUGGUCCAUUUAUGCUGAGCCCUCACCUUUGGAGUUUGACCUCUCUCCUCCUCCCAUCGACCAUGAUUUGCUGGAUACUGUUAGAACUGCAGGCGCUGACGUUUCUCGGGAAGGAAUCAUUCUGACAUUUCAUAAUGAUGAUGAAGCACUUGAUGCUGUUCACAAUGGGGUUGCCGUUGUGGACCUUUCACACUUUGGUCGGAUAAGAGUUAGUGGAGAAGAUCGCAUUCAGUUCCUUCACAACCAGAGUACUGCAAACUUUGAAUGUCUUCGUGAAGGACAGGGAUGUGACACUGUUUUUGUAACACCAACAGCUCGAACAAUAGAUAUUGCUCAUGCAUGGGUCAUGAAAAGUGCAAUAACAUUAGUGGUCUCACCAGAAACUUGUAGAACCAUUACUGAAAUGCUGAACAAGUACAUAUUCUUUGCUGAUAAGGUAGAGAUUCGAGACAUCACUAAGCAAACCAGCUUUUUUGUUUUGGUGGGACCCAAAAGUGGCCAACUGAUGGAGAACCUGAACCUUGGUGGUCUUGUUGGAAAACCAUAUGGCACACAUCAACAUUUUAACGUUGAAAAGCAGCCUGUAACUAUAGGGGUGGGAAAUCUCAUUUCUGAAGAUGGGUUUUCAUUAUUGAUGUCUCCAAUGGCUGCUCCAUCUGUCUGGAAAGCUAUGCUUGCACAAGGGGCUAUCCCAAUGGGUUCUAAUUCGUGGAAUAAAUUACGGGUUAUUCGAGGAAGGCCUGCUCCUGGAAUGGAGCUCACAAAAGAAUUCAAUGUCCUGGAGGCCUGUCUGUGGAACUCAGUUUCUCUAAAUAAAGGUUGUUACAAAGGACAAGAGACUAUAUCGAGGCUCAUAACAUAUGAUGGAGUCAAACAGAGGUUAUGGGGAUUUCGUCUUUCUGCAGCUGCAGAACCUGGCAGCAUUAUUACAGUUGAUGGGAAAAAGGUUGGAAAGUUGACUAGUUAUGCAUCUGGAAGGAAACAAACUGAACACUUUGGAUUAGGCUACAUCAAGAGGCAAUCUGCUUUGGAAGGAGACACUGUAAUUGUUGGAGACAACAUCAUUGGAACAGUGGUGGAAGUACCUUUUCUUUCUCAUCAGCGCCCACCAUCUAGUAGUUCAACCUCUUGAAUUCUUUGGGCAUGUUAUUGUGCUUAGUGUGGUGGUGAUUAUUAAUGUUGUCUGAUAGAAGUGAAAAAUGUGUGCAUAAUACUAGUAAAUUUUAAAUUGUAUUAUCAUGUUGGGUAGUAGUAGCCUUCUAUCAUUUUUGUCCAAAUUAGUGUAUCUUCACACAACCAUGAUUAAUAGAACCAAUCUUGGAUAAGAUUGGCAGCUUCUUCAUGU